AGGACAAAGCGAUCGGCAGCAGGAGAGUUUGAUGCAAGAGCUUCGUAGCAUGGAGCAAUCAUCGCUGAAAGACCUGAAUGCCAAGCACGAGGCAGCCACAGCUCAACUGAGGAUGGAGAAUCAAGAUCUGAAGGAGCAGUUGGUGGAACUUAGUGCCGAAAACAAGAAGCUGGAGGAGGUGGCCUCUCUUGAUGCCGCCACAAAUCAACGACUGUCGGAGACGGUGUCUGUGCUGGAGCAGGCCUGCCAGCAGAUGGAAGCUGAGCUGGAGACGCGCAGCAAGCUGAAGCUGCAGGAAUUCCCGCGGCUGCUAGCCGAGCAGCAGAGCGAGCAGACGAGCGAAUCGACUGACGAGCAUCCUAUCCUGACAGCAGACCUGAAGAAACUGUUAGAGGAGACACGCACAGUGCUGAAGCACCAAGAGGAGAUGUUUGCUGCUGAGAUUGUCACAUUACAUGAGGAGAUAAAGCAGAAGAAUGAGACAAUCGUGGAUCUGAAGGCAGAGUUACAGGCGAGACAGAACAGCCUGCGUGACCUUGAGACUGAGCUCAAGGUGAAGCGAACCAUCGCCACACAGUGUCAGCUGCAGAGCAGCGAUCACGCAUCUCAGGUGUGUGAGAAUUGCGUUGGCACAGAGAGAGAGGCCACGCGACUGCAGCAGCAAGUAGACAUCCUUCUGAGAAGACUCGCUGCGGAGUCGUCCGCAUCCCCCGCGAAGCAUCAGGAGCGCAGCGAGAUCGAGGAUGAAGUUCUAUCUCUCGUUGAAGCCAUACAGAGCUUUGACACACAGCUGGGAGGAUGGACCGAGCUCAUCCAGUCAAGGAAGGAACGUCGGGGUGGUCGUGGAGAGGAGGUAGACGUGGAGGGGAAGCCUGUCCCCCGGCUGUCUCCUCGUGUCACCGACGGCUUUCGAUAUCUGCAGUCGUCCAUACAGAAACUGGCGGACGAAAAUGAGAGGCUGAAGACAGCACUCCAGCGCCAGGGUCGUCAUGGCAACAAGGAGCUCGAGAUGCUAGAGGGCGAACUGAAGGCUAGCUCGGAGGCACUGAAGAGAAGCCAGGCGUCAGAGAAGGAGCUGGAGCGAUCACGACAGGAGGUGCUGGCUCAGAAGGCAAGCCUCGGCAACAAGGUGAAGAGCCAGGAGAGGAAGCUAAAGGAGGUGUCUGUGGAGAAGGAGCGGCUGGUCAAGCGCAACAAGGGCCUCGAGAAGGAAAACAGGUCUCUCCUGUCACGCUGCAGCAGUCUGAGGAAGCGUGUGAGAUCCCUGCUGACCUACGACGACGAUGAUGAUGACCCCAACGCUGGGGGUCACCGGCGAGCCCGCAGCCUCUCACCGACCCGCGUCAUCUCGUGGUCGCCGUCGGAUUACGACGACGAGCGGGCAGACAGUGGCUCCCUCUACGAGCGUCCAUUAAUCGAGAGGCACCACCUUCGCUCAAAAAGCCUACAUACGACAUCGCGCCUGCGCUUCGGUCGUGAGCGCCCCCUGGUGAGAGCCCCCUCCUCGACGACGGCCGUACGUACUCUUCAGCGGCGAGUGAAGCAGUUGAGGUCGGAAGUCGCGAGACUACGGGACGCGAAGGUGGCAGCACUGCAGACAGCGGCUACGCAGCAGGCGACGGUGGGCGGGCUGCGGACAGAGCUGGCAGCGUGCCAGCAGCAGAAUCGACUCUGCAAGCUGAAGGAGCGCGGUCUCAUGAACGAGGUCGACGCCGCACAGAGAUGCGCUCGGCAGCUGCAGCUAGAGAUGGCGGCCCAGCGCGACGAGCGACCUGACCCCGCCCACACUCCCGACGAGUGGAAGGUCGUCGAGGGACGGCUCAAGUCGUCUACGGCUGAGGUCAGGCGUUUAGCAGUGAUGGGUCGCAGCAUGAAGGCGGAGAAGGAAUCGCAGGAGGGUCAAGUCCGAGACCUUCAAGACAAGCUGAGGCACAUCGAACGGGACAGUGCGAACAAGCGAACGCUGAUCGAGAGCUACAAGGAGCGUUUGCGGCUGGCGCAGGGGAGAGUAAAGGACCUGGAGGACAGGCACGAUAUGGCAAGCUUGGAUGGCAAGCAGGCUUCGGAGGAAAAUGCACGGUUGAAAGUGAAGAUCGAAUCACUGAAGAUGCAGCUGAGCGCAACCCAACAGGAGAGAAAGGUUACGGAGAGGAAGAUGGAGGAGGUCACGUCCCAGCUGAGUGCAGCACAACACGAGAGAAAGGUUACGGAGAGGAAGAUGGAGGAGGUCACGUCCAAACUGAGUGCAGCACAACACGAGAGAAAGCUCACAUCGAGAAAGUUAGAGGAGGUGUACGGUGAGAGUAAGGUGGUGGAGGGUAAUAUGGAGAGGUACAAGGCUGAGUUGUUUGCAGCCCAACACGAGAGAAAGAUGUUGAACGGAGAGCUAGAAGCGAUGAAGACCCAGCUAAGCACAACGCUGUGUGAGAGGAAGGUCGCAGGUGAAAGACUGGAGGAGGGACAGCAUGAGAAGGAAGCUCUAGUAGCAAAGUUGGAGAAGGUGCAACAGGCCCUUCAGCAGCAAGAGAAAGAGGUGUUCCGGCAGCAGGAGCAGUUGCAAGCGGCCCAGGUGGCGUUUGCAUGCACAGCAGAGGCGAGUGCAAAGCAGGCAUCUGACGCUGAGCAGACGUGGCGCCAUCUACAUGCGGACGUGGAAAACGCGAGGACGGUGAUCGACGAAUUUGACAAAUCGAUCAUGCACGUUGUCACAGAGCUGUGUCGGCAGAUGGACGCAAAGAAGGCACGUGAGACAGCGACGGCGUCGCGCGAGACAAGCUCGCUUGAUGCCUCGCUAACGCAGGCCAAGCUGGUGGCCAGCUCCAUACUGGACCUGUCGCUGACUGACAUAGAUCACAUCUUCAACAUGACCACAGAUGAGCAGAGUCCCUCUAGUGGGAGAUGUGGAAGUUGGAGCCAGAAGCUGAGAUCUGUGAUGGCAACUCCACUCUUCUCACAACCGCUGUCUCACCUGCUACUCGACCUGAUCGUGCAGCACACAGCUGACGUAUCUCAAUGUCUCACAACCACUGUCUCAUCUGCUACUCGACCUGAUUCCGUGUGCAGCACACAGCUGACGUAUCUCAAUGUCUCACAACCACUGUCUCAUCUGCUACUCGACCUGAUCCGUGCAGAACACAGCUGACGUGUCUCAAAUGUCUCACAACUAGCUGUCUCACCUGCUACUCGACCUGAUCCGUGCAGCACACAGCUGACGUAUCUCAUGCUCACAACUAGCUGAAAUCCCAACGUCUCACAAUUGACAUAUCUCAAUGUCU